AUGUCUCCAGCUGCGGAGACUGACCCUGCCAUCAACGAGACUUUGGGCUUCGAGAGGGUCUUUGCUGUAGGACUCUCGGAGCGGAGCGACAAGAGAGAUGCUCUGACGCUCAUCAGUAGUUUGACUGGUUUCAAGAUUCAGUGGAUUGAGGGAGUGCGCGGAGAAAGUGUGGCGGAUAAAGCCCUCCCGUUUGGUGUUGACCGCGUGAAGUUGUGGGAAAACAAUCUGGGAUCUUGGCGGGGACAUAUGAAUGCGGUCAGAACCGUGGUUGAGCAAGGUAUUUCUACCGCCCUUAUUUUGGAGGAUGACAUGGACUGGGACGUGCGCCUCAAAUCACAAUUGCAGCUCAUUGCAGAUGGAACGCGAACUCUGCAAGGCUCCACUAGCUCGUCCAAUUCCCCAUAUGGUAAUGAUUGGGACCUGAUAUGGCUCGGACACUGUGGCGAAGUCUUCCCAGAACAACUUGAGGGAAAUACUUCUAAAGCACCAGAUUCCCCCGAGUACAUCUCCCUCACAACGAAGUACGUUAUCCACGAGGACCCAACAGUUCCACCGCCUUCUCACACACACGGAUUCCAAAAUUUUACGGAAAGUCCACAUACACGCUGGAUUCACGUCACAGGAGGUCCCAUCUGCACAUUUGCUUAUGCGUUGAGCCUUACAGGGGCGAGGAAGGUGCUUCUUGAUCUAAGUGUCGAUCAUUUGGUAGGACCUUUCGACAACGCUUUGGCAGGUCUUUGCAGAUGGGGAAGAGAGGAAGAAAGAUUAGGUAUGAGGUGUUAUAGCGUUACCCCGCCGGUAUUCGUUCAUCACAAGUCGAAAGGUCAUGUUAGUGGGGACGCGGACAUCCAGCUUGUUGGCGGUGGUGAGAAAGGAGAGCUCAGAGAAGUAGGAACCACAGAGAAUAUCGUCUGGAGCGCUAGGAAAAACGUCAGAGAGCUGAUCAUGGGUGGAGAGAUCCAUAGUCAGUUCGAUGAAGAAGAGGACCUUGAGUAG